UUUCUUUCUAUUUCCUUCUCUACAAAGAGCCUAUAGUACUCUUUUAGCUCUCUUUUUCAUUCAAACAUGACUGGAAUCGCCUUCGGUCGUUUCGAUGAUUCGUUCAAUUUAGGCUCCAUAAAGGCCUAUCUUGCCGAGUUCAUCUCGACUUUGGUCUUCGUUUUCGCCGGCGUUGGCUCCGCCAUUGCUUACAACAAGGUGACAACAGAUGCAGACCUAGAUCCUGAUGGUCUAGUCGCCAUUGCUGUUUGCCAUGGAUUUGCUCUCUUUGUUGCAGUAGCCAUUGGUGCCAACAUCUCCGGUGGCCAUGUCAACCCCGCCGUCACAUUCGGGUUAGCUCUCGGUGGCCAAAUCACCAUCCUCACCGGCAUCUUUUACUGGAUUGCACAACUCCUUGGAUCCAUUGUUGCUUGCUUCUUACUCAAGGCAGUUACGGGUGGCUUGGCAAUUCCAACCCACGGUGUCGGAGCCGGAGUCGGGGCGAUUCAAGGAGUGGUGAUGGAGAUCAUCAUAACAUUUGCAUUAGUGUACACAGUGUAUGCAACUGCAGCAGACCCAAAGAAGGGUUCACUAGGCACCAUUGCACCUAUUGCCAUUGGCUUCAUUGUUGGAGCCAACAUCUUGGCUGCCGGUCCAUUCUCUGGUGGGUCAAUGAACCCAGCUCGCUCGUUCGGACCUGCAGUGGCUAGUGGCGACUUCAGCGGCAUUUGGAUCUACUGGGUCGGACCACUCAUCGGCGGUGGCUUGGCUGGACUCAUCUAUGGAAAUGUGUUCAUGCACUCCGAACAUGCACCAUUGUCCAAUGACUUUUAAGUUCAAUCUAAAUGACAAUUUUAAUUUGGUUUGAUCUUUGAAUCCAUUGGAUAUUGUAAUAAAAAAGAAAAAAUGGCUGAUGUUGCUGUUCUUCCUUUUUUUAGCUUUCUUUUAUGUUUUGUUCUUUUGGUAAUUGUUUGAAAAGCUUGUUGUGCCAAUCGUUGCUGUUGUGGAAAUGGAUGAGGUUGGUGAUUUGAAGCCACUUU